CCCUUAUGGUCUGGUCCUACCUGCCUCCAGUGCACAAGUCAAGGCUACUCGCAGGAAUGCUAUGUGCCCCCUCCGUGAGCCCACGCUCCACCACUGCUCCAGGUUGGCUGCUCCUCAACUACUUUUCCAUGACCCUGGGCUCCGGCUGCUGCCCCGCUCUCCUCCGCAAUGUUUCCUAGCCCUGUGACAACGACACCCUUCUCGGUCAAGGAUAUUUUGAACCUGGAACAGCAUCAGAGCGGCCUGGCCUCCAUGGAGCUCUCCUCGCUGGCCUCGCCCUCCUGCAUGCUGGCCACCUUCAAGCAGGAGACCUACAGCGCUGAGCCACCGGCCCUGCCCGACCUGCGGGAGGAGCUGCCUGAGCCGCCCCCCGCCAAAACAGCCGCCGCCUUCCCCGGCUCCUACUACAUGAAAAACUACGUGGAGAUGGACUCGGCCAAGGAGGGAAAGGCGGACAAGAAAGAGCUGUGUUCCCUGCACAAGAGCCUGGAGCAGGAGAAAAGAGACCUGGAAGAUCCCGAGCGCCCCAGACAGAGGAAAAGGAGGAAACCUCGCGUCCUCUUUUCUCAAGCCCAAGUCUACGAACUGGAAAGAAGGUUCAAGCAGCAGAAAUACCUCUCGGCCCCCGAGAGAGACCAUUUAGCGAACGUCCUAAAGCUCACCUCCACCCAAGUGAAAAUUUGGUUCCAGAACCGAAGGUAUAAAUGCAAAAGGCAGAGACAGGAUCAGACCCUGGAAAUGGUGGGGAUCCCUCCCCCCCGGCGGAUAGCAGUGCCGGUAUUGGUGCGAGAUGGGAAGCCCUGCCUGGGGGAAUCUUCUCCCUACAGUUCGCCCUAUAAUGUCAGCAUUAACCCCUACAGCUACAACGCCUACCCUGCGUACACCAACUACAACAGCCCCGCCUGCAACGCCAACUACAACUGCAACUACCCCUCCAUGCAGCCCAUGCAGCCCUCGGCGGCCGGCAACAACUUCAUGAACUUCAGCGUAGGGGACUUGAAUUCGGUGCAGACGCCGAUCCCUCAGGGGAACGCGGGGAUCUCCACACUGCACGGGAUCCGAGCCUGGUAGAGCUGCCCCCGCCCCCGGCCCGCUCCCUCCAUGGACCACGGCCAUAGGGAUGGAGGGGCUCCGGCCGCGCCUGCGAGCCGGGCUCGGGACAUUUCCAGGCUGCGGGAUGAGGACGGUUCAGUGUAGCAUCCCGGCGGAGUUCACUGGAGUGGUGGCCAUUUACGGGGGGGGGUCUUUGGUAUUUCGUGCGGUGGCCGCGCUCCGUGCGGGGCCAGGCAGGCACCGGCGGGGAGGAGCGGCAGU